AUGCCUGAAGUUGAUGAAUGCCAACGUUUAAAUAUUGAUGAUGAAACAGCGAAAGAACGACGAUCGAGUAGUUCAGCAUCCGAAGGUCGAGCGACGAUGGUUACCUACUGGAAACGUAAUUCCAAUCCUAAUCUUGAAAGUAUGAUGCUCGAUACGAAUGCAGAUAAAAUCAAUCGAUAUGAAUAUCCGGAAAUUCUCGAAUGUUUGCCUGAUCUCGAUGGAAAACGCGUUCUUGAAUUAGGUGCUGGUAUUGGACGUUUUACCAAAAAGUUCGCUCAAUUAGCGAAGUCAGUUGUCGCGGUGGAUUUUAUGGAGAGUUUCUUGGAGAAAAACAAAGAAGAAAAUAGUCAUUAUGGCACCGUCGAAUUCUUACAUCAAGAUGCAACGUUAUUAAACUUUGAACCGAAUAGUUUUGAUAUUGUUUUUAGCAAUUGGCUUUUUAUGUAUUUAUCUGAUCAAGAAACUGAACAACUUUUACAGAAAAGUUUAACUUGGUUAAAAUCAGAUGGAACGUUAUUUUUCCGUGAAUCUUGUUUUCAUUCUUCAGGAAACAUCAAGCCCGAUGAAAAUCCUACACACUAUCGUUCACCUCGGCAAUAUAUCGAUAUGUGUCAAUCUCGUAUACUGAAUACAACGCCGGAACAAGUCUUUGAACUCGUUUUCGCUAAGGCAUUGGAAUCUUAUUAUGAAAUCAAACAAAACAAUAAUCAAGUCUGCUUUUUAUUCAACAAAACCAACCUACAAAAUCAUAAUGGUUACAAAACAUUGCAAGAUUUUCUUGAUCAUUCGGAAUAUGCGGAAAAAAGUAUUCAAAAAUACGAAUCAGUCCGGGGCCUAGGUUUCGUUACCAUCGGUGGUUCGAUAUUAACACACGAAUUAGUCAAACGACUUGAUCUGACCAAAUCGCAGCGUUUGUUAAACUUCGGCUGUGCAACUGGCGGAAGUUCAUUUCAAAUCGCUCAAGAGUACGGCUGCGAAAUCAUCGGUGUAGACAUCUCAGCAAAUAUGAUCGGCAUGGCAUGGGAUCGAGCUUUGUCGUACAAAGGAUAUAAAAUUCGUUUUGAGAUCGGUGAGGGUACAAAAAUGCGAUUUUCUCCAUCGAAAUUCGAUGCGAUUUACAGUCGUGAUGUCAUCUUCCAUGUGUCGGAUAAAACAACUCUCUUGAACAAUUUCUAUACAUGGUUGAAAAGUGAUGGUCGAUUGCUGAUCACAGAUUUCUGCUGUGGUAAUACACCGUUCUCUCAAGAUCUAAUUGAUUAUGCCCGUAGUGGUAUCUAUACGCUUACACCUAUUCAAGAAUACGCUGAUCUUAUUGAAAAAUGUGGCUUUGUUCAAGUUCGUGCUGAGGAUUGUUCUGAUUUGUAUCAACAAUACUGUUUGAACGAAAUUGAGAUUGCUGAAAAGAAUCGAGCAAAUCCGGACUCGAAACUCUCUCGUCAAGAACUAGAUGCAUGUGUUCGUCAAUGGAAAUUGAAAUACUCUUUAACCAACUCCGGCCAACGUCGCUGGUGUAUUUUCGAAGCAAGAAAACGAACAAGUUCCUGUCGAGAAGAUGAUAUAAACGAACAGUAG